CCAUUACCCAAAUAGUCCGCUCAUGAGGUAGCUAUUUCGGUUUUUCUAUGAGAUCUUCACUACUGGUCUGAAGUUGUUAGACUAUCUCGCGGAUUAUGUCGGCUAUAUAUUCUCGUUAUCUUGCGAAGUAGUGCUAACUAGUUCAAAAGUUAUCCAGUCCAGGUACCACUUUGCGAGUUAUGCUAAAUAGUCAAAACGUUUAUUCGAAAGCUACACGCCAUUUUGAUCACAGCGAUAUUUUGUUGGUUCCUUCCCAAAAAUAAUCUAGGCAUACUUAUACGCAAACAGGUAACGAAAUAUGGCGGCAACAGAAACUGUCAGUUCGGCAGCAAACACGGGGGAAAUUGAUAUUUUCCAUCAAUUCCUCGAAUAUAAGGGAGUAACCCUUAUUGCGAUGCAAAAGCCAGAAAUAUUGGAGGCUUUGCAGGAGUGGGAGACGAGACCCGACGAUGUGUAUCUUGUUACCUAUCCGAAAUCUGGGACACAUUGGAUCUUCGAGAUCGUCUCCCUCAUCAAGAACGAUGUCGAGAUCGAAAAGAUCGACCGGAGACGUAUGGUGUACGCCCUGGACCUCGCUCUCUCCCACAGCGUCGAGGGCCUCGCAACCAUAACGCCCGGCCACGAGAUGAUGGCCAAGUGGGAAUCCCCUCGUGUAAUGAGCUCGCACAUCCUUGAAGAGUUUGCCCCAGAACAGAUCAAGAAAUCAUCAAAGGUUAUUUACUUUUCGAGGAACCCCAAGGACGUGUUUGUUUCAUAUUUCAAGUUCGUUGGUCCCACACUCCCUGCCGAGAUGGAAGGCAUGAAAGGGUUUCUCCCAUUUUUUCUUUCAGAGAAAAUGUUCGGGGGAAGUUGGUUCCGUCAUGUUAAAGGCUGGUUUGCACGGAAAGAUGACCCCAACAUCCUUAUAUGUAAAUACGAAGACUUUCACAAGGAUUUGAGAGGCAGCAUCAAGCGAGUUGCAGAUUUCCUAGAGCGUCCUCUAUCGGAAGAGAAACUCGAUAAACUCGUUGAGCUGACUGAAUUGAAGGGCAUGCAGAAAACGUAUCAACAAAUCGAAGAAAAUAUGGGGGAAGAGGGCAAGUCAGUCACACGGCUGUUUGGGCAACUGCCCUACUUACGAAAAGGGAAGGUGGGCAAUUGGAAAGAGAAUCUCACCGUGGCUCAAAACGAAUAUUUUGAUCAGGUCUACAAACAAGCGAUGGACGGGACCGGGAUUGAAUUCGAAUUCGAGUUGUAAAAGCAUAAAUAUGCAUUUGGUAUUCGGCGCAAUUUUAUUUGAUGUGUACACUGUUGCCGGUCAUUCUUGUUCUAAUACAUCGCUUUCAGUAUUUCGCUGGUCCAGACCAGGCCGGGGCUUAGUCGUAAAAUUUUGAGUUUAUGAUUGGCGUGAAUAGCCCGCUCCAUACCCCGGAAUAUUCUUGGUCCUGCUCAUCAGCACCAGACCAGACAUCUUAAAAGUAGCGUUAAAAAGUAGAGCGGAUGUGAAUGCUUGUAGUGCGGAAUAUUUUAGUGCGGGCCUGGUGCGGACCAAAAACCUAAUAAUUACUGAAAACUGUAAAGUGUACGAACUCAACAACUGAUCUAAUGGUUCUUGCAAACACCGUCAUAUCCAGCAAAAGCAAAUCCCAGUGAAAAAGGAAAUGAAUGGCAAUCUUAAACGAUGUAUUUCCAAAUCACCUCUUUUCCGUAUAAUUCAUUUUUUUAUAUUCGUGUUUUUCAUAUAACAUUUUUCUUCCGACAUUUUUUUUUCAGAUCUGACAACGUUCUUUCGAUUUGAUUGGUUGUGUGUAGCUAUAUAGACCUCCAUAUUGAUCAUAGGGGCAGAGCCUCUAGAGAUACAGCAUGCAUUAUUGCAAUGAUACAUGUUUCAAUUUUGCCUUGUUUAUGAUGAUUUGUUGAGAGAAUUACUAUUAAAUUUAUGUUCAAUCAUGAUAUUUUUCAAAUAGAUGGAAAUCUCCUCCUUCCAAACAAACGAUACAUCGAGAAAUGUGACUUGAAUUAGCAAAAAAAUAUUUUGGUUAUAGAUUUGAAACCUUUAUUAGAUUUCUAUUUCACCCAAUCUUAUCAUUUAGCAAAGGUAUAGCUUAACUGUUUUCAAUUGCAACGAUGUAUAGUUAGAAAUUCACUUAAGCAUUGAUUUAAUGCAUCAUGGACCUAACAUGAUUGCACUACGAUUAAUAUGUAAAUAUUGUACAAAGCUAUUCGCCUGAAGAUUUAUAAUUGACUCAUAACAACUCAACUAACUAGUGUCCAAUCCUUUGUGGAUAAUGUGUUUGUGUUUGAUAAAGGCACCGAAUAAAAAUACGUUAGGAAAAUUAUCAAUAUAUUCCUUUUCAUAACCCCCCCCCCCCUCUUUUGAAGGGGGUUUCUAUUCAUGAAGAUAGAUUUUACUCCACUCAUUGGCUCGUAUUGAACCUUGAUGUAUUCUUUUUAUACCAUUUUUUAUGAUAAACAAAUCAUAUGGAGUUAUCAACUGUUGUGGUUUCUUACCACAGCUUCUUGUUUAUAAUGAUUUAUGAAUAAAUAUUUGUUUUACCAAGCC